AUCGAAAGCACAGAAGUACGGCAUGAAUACAAUUUCCUCACCGAAAGUCUAGUGAUUAAAUGCAUGCCACUGGCAACACAUGACUCAGUACAAAAUUUUUUUUGCGAAAGUGUUUUUCUGUCCCUGGUGGAAAAACUCGGAGUAUCGCAGACAAGGGGACUGGCCAAGGUUGGUUCAGGCACAAGUAAGUAAUUGAACAAAUUCCAUAUAAACUCACGCUAUCCGCUAUCUCAAUCGGGCCUCUUAUCUCCGUCAUGUUUCUAAAAUUGGAGAUUAGUCGCCAGGCAGAGGUAGUGGAUAACAUGAGUUUUUGCAAAGGUCUUUUUUUGAUAAUCUGGCUAAUUAUUUCUAGCGUUUACUGGUUUUAAAGGCGAUUGGACAGGUUCAUCCAAAAAGCUUCCCGACGCAUAUGUGCUGCAGCCUAACGCAGCGUUUCCCAGUAUAGUAUGUGAAGCUGGAUGGACGGAAGGGCAUGAGGAAUUGAUGAACGACGCACGGCUCUGGCUGCUGCAUACCGAUGGCCAGACGCGAAUUGUGAUUGUUGUUUCGUUUAGCGAAAGCAGUGUAAAGCAUUGCCUGCACGCCUCAAACCAUGACCCGGAGGAAGAGCAUGAGGAACAGCGACAUGAAGGCACCUGUGAGGAGGAAACUGUCAUUGACAGUGUUGAUGCAGCAACGAACUUAUAAUGAUUUAGCCGACAAGCUAAGAGACCUUGAUUUAGCCGACAAGCUAAGAGACCUUAAUCAGAGAGACAAGCUAAAACAGCCCUUAAUUGGCAACUUAAGGGCGACCCUCCACGUGUAUAAAGCGAGCGACGAUGGCCAGGAUAUCGAGCAAGCAUUUGAGGCAACACUGCUCCCACCGCCGGAAGUAGAAGAAGGAGGACCCACGGAGUUUGGUGUUACAAUGAAGGAUCUUUUAGGCGAUUGUCUCCCUGAGGGCCGAGAUCCUGGGGAUUGCAUAAUGUUUUCUUUGGAGGGUUUGCGGAACCAUAUUGGAGAGUCGAUACCACAUACUGAGCGUGUCAGAGCAGCCCACCGCGCCGAGAACCUAUUACGAGCAGCUGGAGUAUGGGAAGAACAAGAGACAUUCGCUCAGUCAAAACGCCAGCGCCUAAAUCCUUCUAGGGCAAAGAAUUAUCAGGAUUGUUAG